AUGGUUGCACAAAAAAAGCAGAAAAAAGCUAUGGAGAGUAUUAACUCUAGAUUAGCGUUAGUUAUGAAAUCUGGUAAAUGCGUAUUGGGACUAAAGCAAACCCUUAAGACUCUUAGGCAAGGAAAAGCUAAGCUUGUCAUUAUAGCUAAUAACACUCCCCCACUCAGAAAAUCAGAAAUUGAAUACUAUGCUAUGUUGGCCAAAACUGGUGUCCAUCAUUAUACGGGAAAUAAUAUUGAAUUAGGAACUGCUUGUGGUAAAUAUUUUAGGGUGUGUACUUUGUCAAUAACUGAUCCAGGUGAUUCUGAUAUAAUUAGAAAUAUGCCAAUUGGUGAUCAAUAA